UUAUUUAACUUGUUGGCGUAAGAAACUCAAUUUUACUGAGUUUUAUCAUAACUUUCGAUGCAGAAACUAAAAAAGAAAUGUUUUAAUAAGUAUCAACAAAAAUAGUAGUAGAUUUUUUUAAAGUGUAUUGCAACAUUGUAAAAAAAGUUAGUGUCAUGGACGCCGUGCUGUGUAUACUGUGCAUUUGCGUUUUUAAGUGUUUUUUUGCCUUAAAUUCGUGCUCUUUUCAUAAAUCCGUUGAGUUGAGUUCGUUCCUCCGGUUUUAUAAGACUUUAAGUUAUUUAUUGUGAAACAGGACUCCAUUAACUUCCGAUAUGUCGUCGGAUAACAAGUGUUGUGUACCUGGGUGUUUUGAGUCCGGUGCAUCGCAUAAAGUGCUGCAUCUAUUUGCCAACCCCAACAAAGACCCGGAUCGUGUCGAAGCUUGGAGAAAGGCUGUUGGCGGAAAGAUACUUGUAUUAUCUUUCGAGCCUAUUUACAAGUAUCGUCGUGUAUGCCGUGCUCAUUUCGAAGAUAAAUUUCACUGUCGCUACGAGAGACUGUCCAACAUAUCAAUUCCAACCGUUAAUAUGGCAGGUGAACAAAGAAUGGCUCCAACUCAAGCUAUAGCUUCUGAUGAAUUGAACGAAAAUACACCUGUAAUAGAAUUACCAAUUGGUCAUUUAAGGAAUUUGAAGAAAAGAGUGAAAAUGAAAGCUUAUACACUUGCUAUAAACACUGAAAGAUCAAAAAUAAACUUAAAAACAAGCAACUCAUAUUCUUUUUAUCUACUGUGGUAGAGAACAAUUGCAAACGCUUUUUUUGGCGAAAUAUUAGAUUUUAAAGAGUAGUGAUGAUGACAAUUUGCAAUGUUCAUGUACUUUGACUAAUAAAUCCUGUAAACAUAAA